CAACGCACUCAGCAAAGAUGGCACCGAAGGACAAGUCUGCCAAGGGCAAGAAGACCCGCUCGGCUCUUCAAGAUGUCGUCACCCGGGAAUACACCAUUCACCUGCACAAGCGUGUGCACGGCAUGCAGUUCAAGAAGCGUGCCCCCAAGGCAGUAAAGGAGAUUGUCAAGUUCGCGCAAAAGGCCAUGGGUGUGCAGGAUGUCCGUCUUGACCCCAAGCUCAACGAGGAGGUCUGGAAGUUUGGUGUCAAGGAUGUGCCAAGACGGAUGCGCGUCAGGCUUGAGAGGAAGAGGAACGACGACGAGGACGCCAAGGAGAAGCUUUACGUUCUUGCGCUCCCAGUCCUCGGUAUCACCAACUUCAAGGGUCUCGAGACUGCCGUCGUCGAGGAGGCAUGAGCAGGUCACACCAGCAUCAUUUCUGCACAUGCAAGCCUUUCCAUUGUGCCUCUCGUCUGCACGAUGGCACCUUUCUUAUGGGCAACACUAGCAUUUAUGCCAGCUCAGCUAGCCUGUACUCUUCACGCAUGACCCU